GAACCUAUCUUUCUACUGAAAUUACGCAUUUUUCUUGUGAACCAAGCAGGAUUAUUUUCAUGUUCUGAUUUGUUUCAACACUGGCAUAACUCUGGAGGUGAUGUUUGUGUGGGAUUUAUUGAACAUUACCAUGUAUAAACUGGUUGUCUAGUACACACUGGUUAUUUAAGCUCGUUUAAACAAGAAUGACUUGUGGAAUGCAUCUAGAGGGUGAGUCAUCUUCUGCUAGUAUAGGUGUUGGAGACAGAUAGAAGGAUAUUAAUUACCGGCUGGAAUUCCUUGUCAUCCUGCCCAGACAGUAGAAGUUUAGAUAACCAGAAUGGAUGUGGUGCAAUGGGUUAUGGGUAGGUGAGAUGAAUCCUACAUCUACUUGAUGAGAGCAAACUACAUACAACCCUUUUUAAAAGUUAGAGUGUUGUAACUGUGCUAUCUAAGGAUGCAAAUAAGGCAAGGGUUGCAUGGGAAAUAAUAUCAUUUAUUAGAUCAAACCGAUAGAAAAGAAAUAGCUGGGAUCUCUAGCAUGUAUUCUUGUUCUGUUCAAUUCCCUUAAUGUAUCUGUCUGUGUCCUUUUUUUUUCCCCAAUUAUUUAAUUGAAAAUGUUACUCAAACUCAAUUAAAUACAUUAGAAAUACACUCCUGUAAUUCAAAAACUGCCAAGCAUAAGAAUAGACUAACCCCUCUUUUAAGUUUUUCAAGAGGAUGUUCCUCUCUAAUCUUUAUUUCCUUGCCAAAUUCUUCAGGUCACAUCUGACAUAUUUCUUACAGCUAAAGUUAAGGUGACCCAUAAUGAAAAUGUUUUUUUUUUUCUAAGUCAGACUGUUUUUUCAUUUGUGCUCUUUCCUUGCAGGCUUUUACAUUAAAGAUACAUAAAAAUUAACUUACCAGUUCUUCAAGGGAUCUAGCUAAACUAUUCACUCACCACGUCAUGACAGUUAUAUUGAAGGAUUGACAUAUCUUCUGGAUAUUUUGAUUUGACAAUUUGGUAAUCACUCUAACAGAAGACUGCUGUUGGUUAGGCAUCGUGCUGAAGUUCUCAUUGAGGCAUGUUUUUUUCUACCAAGUGCUGACUUGUUCAGUUCAGUCCUGCAGCUUAUCGGCAAGUUGCAUAAUCCAUCGUAUUCAAAACACAACCCAGUGACGCUGCCCAAAGCAGUGAAGGAGAUAAUUCCUGUUUCUGUGUUGUGCUUGCUCUUCCUUUGUGUAACAUCUCUUGCAAUUCCCAUCUUUUGUUGCUCACCUUCCUUUAGUUUUAGAAAUGCCAGAUGUUUCUGAGUGAUCAUGCCAGAUCUUGCUAUUGCUUAUCUGACUACCACCUUCAUCUGUAUCAGUACUUCCCAUUGGGCUGUUCAGCUGCCUUCUUACUGAUGACUUCUUGAAUUCAAUCCAGUAGUGUUCUUAUACACAAGAGAUUACAUGAGUUUUUCUCAAAUGACUCCUUCAUUUAACUGAAGUCUUUAAGAUGUGCUGUUCUGAAGCCAGGAUUUGCUGCAAUACUUGUCUUUCUGGGAUAGUCAUUUUUUCUGUGACUACUUCCAAAGUGGUCAUGUUGUUUUAGACCACCAGAAAAGCUUGUCAUAAUUACUGGGGCUUCAUACUCCUUUAGGAUUAGGAGAAUUUCUGUGGAAAUUAUCUGAUCUCCAGUUUCUUGUAUUUUUCUGAAGGUUGUGGACUUGUCCAAGUUUGCCUAUUAUCUAGCCAGAUGACUGUGAAGGCACAUAAUGGAUCUCCUUUGCAACCAAAUGUCAGUUUUGUGGUCAUCCAUUUAAAGUAUGCUAUUCCUUCUUGUUUACAUUCUACUGAAAGGCAGUUUUGUGGCUCUCUCAUGAGAAAGAUUUCUCUGUUAUUUAGGCUGACCUUUUCUUUGUAAUUAUGUUAUUUUUUGCUACUUUUUUUUUUCACCCCUGCCUUGUAUUCUUUUGUUUGUUUGUUUUCUUCUAUUUACUUCUUUCUCUGUAUAUCCUAUUAUCCCAUCCCUCUGGCUUCUCUGAUAAUCUUUUUUUUUUUUUUUUUUUUUUGCUUCUGAGUUGAGUAAACUUAACUGUGUUUCUCUUUAGUUGCUUGGCUGAACUUGUCCCAUGUAAUCAUUAUAUUCAGCUAUCUUGUCACGUGGCAAACAGGAUUUAAAAAAUUGGUGAUUUUCCUUUCUUGGAUUCAUACAUGUCAUUGUUUCUACCAGCACAUUAUAUUGCUGUGAAAGGAAUGUUUUGCUUAAUAUUUAUGUGAAGUGUUAAGAUACUGGUAAAAAUGUAAUAUCUUAGUUUAAUUUAGAAUCUUAGAAAAAUAGUUUCAGUUGAAAAAAUGAAAAACAAAAAAAUCAACACUUUGCUGUGUUUUUUCCAAUCUGUCCAUGCAUAUUUACAGCAAAUUCUGGUGCACCUAGAGGGUAGAGUGCUGUAGUACUAAGUACAAGGUCAGCAAUUUUGCUACUAAACAAAUUGAAUCCUAAGUGUCCAGGGAAAUAAUUUGCUGUAGAAUUUCAUUCUGCAUAUCCACCAACUCUUUGGGAUGUCUGGCUCUUUCCCUUCAGAGGUGUGUGAGUUUAAGGGUGGAAGAACCUGAGAAAAGAGAGGAUACAAAAAAAAAAAAAAUUCUCCCUCUAACUGCACCUAUAGGAAAAUAGUGAUAAAGAAAUAUUUAAAUGAAAAGGAAAUGGGCUAUUCCACAGAGAUUCAGUCAAUUACAUGCAGAAAAAGAUACUGUUCUCUGUGGAAGCCAUUUGUUCUCAGAAAUAAAAGAAGGAAAUUAAAGGGUGCAUCUUAAAUUUCAAAUAAUAUACCUUGGAAUCAGUGACGGAUAAUGUAAAAAUAUUCCUGUUCUUUUGAAAGACUAAGAUGCUGGUUGCAAGGGAUAUUAAUGAACACCAUUCUUUAUCCGAAUGAUAGAAAAUACCAGUCUGUUAUUAUGUGUUUCUGAUUUCACACUUAAUAUAUUUUUUUCACUCAUAGAAUAACUUUGACUUCUCAGUCCCAGCUUUGAAAAUACAUGGUUUUAUUUCAGACUCUUUCAUGGUAAUGCUUUUCUUUGAUACGCUUGCCUUUGUUCCACAUGUGAGUACCAGCAAGGCCUAUUACCCAAAUGAGAAAGACAGAGAAGUAGUCUUCUUGCAGUGUCUUCUGAACUACUACUGCAACUUUGCCUGUGCAGCCUUUGUUAAUCCAACUCUUAAGUCAAAGAAUAAAUAUAAUGUGGAUGUGUAAGCUUUCAGUGGUAUGGAGAGCUUCUAUCUGAAAACGUCUUCUAAAAUCCAUGUGGGUUUGGGAAAGAUUUUUCCAUUUGUUUUGUGUGCGGUGUGGGAUUUUCGGACUAUUUUAUACUUGGUAUUGUUAUUUAGUAUCAAAUAGCUGCACCAAAUAAAAACAAAUGUAUUUUUGGUAACGGAGGAACAGCAAGUUCUGAAGGGUUUAAAAUAGAUGACAUAUGAUACCAAUAAUAGCCCGGUGCAACUUAGCAGACCUGAGAAACUAUUCAAAGCAAAAUGGAGGGCAGUUCUAUACUCCAGGCUUUCACUAACAUUUAUUUUGCCAUUUUUGCUUUGUUUUGCUUCAAACUUUUAAUUAAGAUUUCCUUGGCUCUGCUGACUCAUUUCUAUAUUGUUAAAGGCAACAGAAAAGAGGCUGCCAGGAUAGCAGAAGAGAUCUAUGGAAUAGUCCCAGGCAGCUGGGCAGACAGAUCCCCUCUGCAUGAUGCUGCUUUCCAAGGACGCCUCCUGUCUUUGAAAACCUUGAUUGCACAGGGUUUCAAUGUGAACCUGGUGACAACAGAUCGAGUCUCAGCUCUUCACGAAGCCUGUCUGGGAGGCCAUGUGGCCUGUGCAAAGCUGCUGCUGGAGAACGGUGCACACGUCAAUGCAGUCACCAUUGAUGGGAUCACUCCUCUGUUUAAUGCCUGCUGCAGUGGCUCUGUGGCUUGUGUCAACAUGCUGCUCGAAUUUGGAGCCAAGCCACAGGUUGGGAACCACCUUGCUUCGCCCAUUCAUGAGGCAGUCAAGAGAGGACACCGGGAGUGCAUGGAGGUCCUUCUGGCUCAUGGGGUUGACAUUGACCAAGAAGAUCUGCAGUAUGGGACCCUUCUGUAUGUUGCUUGCAUGUACCAGAGGACAGAGUGUGUCAAGAAGCUGUUGGAACUUGGAGCCAAUGUUAAUGCGGGGAAGCGACUAGAUACUCCACUCCAUGCAGCAGCAAGGAAAUCCAGUGCAGAGAUAGUUGUCUUGUUGGCAGACUAUGGUGCUAACCUGAAAUGCAGAAAUGCUGAAUUCAAAUGUGCCCUGGACCUUGCCAUACCCAACAGCAAAGUGGAGCAGGCACUUUUACUUCUGGAAGGCCCUGCCAGCCUUGCCCAGCUGUGCCGAUUGUGUAUCAGAAAGCAUCUGGGUCGGUCGUGCCUCUAUGCAGUACAUAAGCUGCACCUGCCUGAGCCACUUGAGAACUUUCUCCUACACCGAUAAGCCUGUGGCUAUCUUUACACUGGAAAAGAAAGAGGAACAAAUGGUUGUGUACUCCAAAAUUAUUAUAUCAAAGAAAAAAAUCAACGACAUCAUUUACUGUCUACUCUGGGUACCAAACAUUGCUACUGAUUGUGUAAAUUGAAGCCAAUGGAAAACACCUUUUCACAGACACUGAAUGGUGUUGGUACAGCUCCCCCACAGUUUAUUGCCAUAUCUAUUUUUACUAAACUGAGAAUUUGUAAUACAUGUACAACUCAAUCAA